CUUCUCUUUGAUGUCACGGUAAGUUGUGUGAAGUUAACUUACGGUAAUUUCUUAUUUCAGUUUGUAUUUUUGCAAAAUACUUAAUGUAAUAUGGCUAAUAAAAUAAUUAAAGCUGGAGGUGCUGAACCCGAUCAGUUUGAGUCCCAAGUGGCUCAAGCUUUAUUGGAAUUGGAACAGAGCUCUGAUUUGAAAGCUCAACUCAGGGAGCUCCACAUUACUAAGGCUAAGGAAAUAGAUUGCAACAAUAAAAAGUCAAUCAUCAUCUAUGUGCCCAUGCCCAAACUCAAACAGUUCCAAAAAUUGCAAUCAGACUUGGUUAGGGAACUUGAGAAGAAAUUCAGUGGUAGGCAUGUAGUUUUUGUUGGUGAACGCAAGAUUUUGAAUAAGCCCACACGUAAAACUAGGACUAGGAGCAAGCAGAAGCGCCCAAGAUCUCGCACAUUGACUGCUGUGUAUGAUGCUAUUUUGGAUGACUUAGUUUAUCCAGCUGAAAUUAUCGGCAAGAGGAUACGAGUGAAGUUGGAUGGUUCUCAGCUUAUUAAAGUUCAUUUAGAUAAGAAUCAACAAACCAACAUAGAACACAAAGUUGAUACUUUCUCCUCCAUCUACAAGAAGUUGACCGGAAGACAAGUUAUCUUCCAAUUCCCAGAGGCAUAUUUGUAAAAUAUGUAAUAAACAAUUUCAAAAAUAAA